AUGGACGAUGAGAAAUCGACGCAAUCCAAUAAUUACUCGUUUGACACCGUCGAGGUCACCGGACUUCGAAGUAAACGCCUUCUCACUCUCAUAGUAUGCCUCACAAUUCUACUAGUCUUGACAAUUUUAUUAUUCGUGUUGAAUGUGAUGCUGAUUUCGACGCUUCGCAUGGAUCCCGCUGGCAUCAAAUUCCUUCGAUUUCAUCACAAUUUGAACAAGAAAAGUGGACAAUUGGAAAAGACGGUUGAGAUGGCUGGAGAUCGAAUCGAAUUCGAAAAAGUGAUCAGCGACAAGGUUGUCGGAUUCCCAAAUAAGGACAUCCUCCUCCACGCACCUAGGAUACUCGUUGAAGCAAAACCGAACGACACGAUGUUCGCGAUAAACGAGAAGAAUUGCAAACUGGAAAAUGUCAAUAAUUUCCAAGUCCUCAAUUCCCAAGGGCACACCUUGUUCUCGGCGCGACAUCCCACUGUAACAAUUGAUCGUAAAAUCAAGAAGAUAUCGGCCGACAAAAUCAUAACGAAUAAAAUUCGAUCGGCCGUCGAUGAGCCGCUGAAAAUCGAUGGGAAUGAUGUGAUGAUACGAGGCAACGAGCAGGUUCGCAUCGACGCCAGGAAUAUCGGAUUCGAGGCGAUGACACGAAUCGCGUUCAAUAUUUCGCGCGACGGAAUUCUGAACGUGCGCGGUCGGGUGCGCGUCGGCGACGGCACCACAUCGCUGCCAAUCUCGACGUCGCCAUCGCUGUCAGCGAGCAUCGACGGGCUGCGCCUCUGCGCGUGUGCUCAAUUCAACCACAAGCUCUUCCUGGUUCCCGCCAACAAACAAUGCAAUGCGAACCACUCAUUUUGCUCCGCUUAA